AUGGGGUCUCCACACAACCUUCUUUUCUCCUUCUCUUCACCAGCCACAGCUCCCUCCGCCAGUCUUUGUAGGGGAGGUGCUCCAGCCUCCUUACCACCUUUAUGGCCUCGUCUGCAUCUCCUUCAUCAGUUUCAAGUCUUUCUGCUCUUGGGGACCCCAGGGCUGGAUGCAGGGCUCCAGGUGCGGUCUCACCAGAGCGGACCAGAGGGCAGAAUCCCUCCCCUUGCCCUGCUGCCCACGCUGUUUCUUACGCCCGGCAUGGGGCUGGUUUUUCUGCCAAGUCUCAGCUCUCCGUGGCCGAGGAGCCUUUUCCAGCUCCGAGCACCAGCCGCGCCGAGCCUGCCCUCCCCGCGGCCCGGGCGGCGGCGGCGGCGCGGGGAGGGCUGCGGAGGGGAGGGGGAGCGGCGCCCGUGCGUGCCGCAGCCGGUCACGUGGGCGGCGGCACCGGGGCCGGGGCCGCCAGAGGCUGAGGCGGCGCCGGCAGCAGCGAUGGCGGCGGCGCUGGGCGGGCUCGGCCUCCUGCGCGCCCGGCUCAGGCUCGCAGCCGCAGCCGCCGCGACCUCCGCCGCCCUCGGCCGGACCUGCCACCGCGCACCCCCGCUGCGGGGAGGCGUCGCCGCCGCCGCUCUCCCCUCGGCCGGGAGGAGCUACGGCUCCCAGGCGAAGGAAGAGGAGGAGCUGCGCGUCCGGUACCUGGAUGAUGAGCACAAAGGAAUUGUGGUGCUUGGAUUAAACAGAUCUCAUGCCAAGAAUGCACUUAGCAAAAAUCUUGUAAAAAUGAUGUCAAAAGCUGUGGAUGCUUUGAAAUCUGAUAAGAAAGUACGAACUGUUGUAUUCCGGAGUGAAGUCCCGGGGAUAUUCUGUGCUGGUGCUGACCUUAAGGAAAGGGCAAAAAUGCACUCAAGCGAAGUUAGUUCUUUUGUCUCCAGAGCAAGAGCAACUAUUAAUGAAUUGGGUAAGUAGACU